AUGAGCCGGGGCCGCGCACGCCGGCCGCCGGUUCCUGGCAGCGUCGUCAUCCGCGCCGGCGCGCUCCUCCUCCUCCUCCUGGCGUCCGCCGUCCUGCUGGCAGCAGCGUCGUCGCCAUCGGAGGAGGCGGCGGUGGACUAUGGCGCGGCGCUGUCCAAGAGCCUGCUCUACUUCGAGGCGCAGCGGUCGGGCGGCUGCCGCACAACCAGCGCGUGCCGUGGCGUGGCCACUCGGGCCUCACCGACGGCCUGCAGCAAGGUGGACCUCGUCGGCGGCUACUACGACGCCGGGGACCACGUCAAGUUCGGCCUGCCCAUGGCCUUCACCGUCACCAUGCUCGCCUGGGGCGCCAUCGACUUCGCCGAUGACGUCGCGGCCGCCGGCGAGAGUGGGGCCACACGCUCGAGGCCAUCAAGGGGGCACCGACUACUUCGUCAAGGCGCACACCGAGCCGUUCGUCUACUGGGCAGAGGCGCCUCAGGCGUGCGUGCCGUCACCGGGGAAGUACUUUCUUGCCACUUCCACGCACCACCCAUGGAAUUGGGAUGGAUCGAUCGGCCGAGGCCCAAGGCAUCAGACAUCAUGCAGUCAUUUGACUCAAUGAAGGCUGCUGAAAUUUACUGCUGCCUGGUGGGGGACGGCGACACGGACCACUACUGCUGGCAGCGGCCGGAGGACAUGACGACGACGCGCGCAGGCGUACCGCAUCGACAAGGACAACCUGGCUCCGACCUCGCCGGAGAGACCGCCGCCGCACUCGCCGCGGCCUCCAUCGUCUUCCGCCGCUCCAACCCGCAUUACUCCCGCCUCCUCCUGCACCACGCCCAGCAGCUGUUCGAGUUCGGCGACCGGUACCGCGGCACGUACGACAGCAGCAUCGCGGAGGUGCGCAGCUACUACGCGUCCGUGAGCGGCUACCAGGACGAGCUGCUGUGGGCGGCGCUGUGGCUGCACACGCGCCACGGGCCGCGACGACUACCUCCGCUACGCCGUCGACAAGGCCGACUCCUUCGGCGGGGUCGGCUGGGCCAUGACCGAGUUCAGCUGGGACGUCAAGUACGCCGGCGUCCAGGUCCUCGCAGCCAAGGUACGGUACUCCUCCUGCUCUUUCGUCUUUCUUGA